AUGCCCACGCCGGCCCCGGCCGCAGCGAGUAGCGGGUACCCGGGUGAGCCGAAGGUCCCGAAGACCCUAAAGGCGCCGGAGGAGGCAGCCAAACAGGCGCUGAAGAAAGCCAUGGAGCAGAAGGAUGCUGCAGUUCUCAAGGAAGCCUUGAGCGCUGCGCUGGAUUGCCAAGUCUCGGGCAAGGUUGUCAUGGAGGCAGUGGAUUUACUGAGCGUGCUCCAGGCCCCAGUUUCUCCAACAAGCGGGCGCUCUCCGUCACAGGAAGCGCUGAUGAGCAACAAUCACAGCGUCCCUGUUGGCCUUCAGAUCAGCCGGACCUGCGACAGACUGUUCCAUGCCUUUUGCCACCCGGGGGAGCUGGACGCAGAUGCCUGCCUGGCUGAUUGGUGCCGCAGAGCACGCGAAGCAACAGCCCCAGAAGUUCUUCAGCAGAGCGUGUUUGGGCUGUUGUAUCCGGAUGAUAUCAAGAAGUUUCUGUUGUCCCCAGACAACAAGCUCUGGCACGACAUCAUGGAGAAGACGGAGAAGUUCAUUCAGGCAAUCGCUGCCAAGGAGCCCGCAGGAUCCCCGCCCUGGAGUCUGCAGGAAAUGACGCCCGAGGCAGGCAAUGAGCGGUUGAAACACCUGAAGCCAGUGAUCAUGGACCACACUGUUCGUGAACCCGCCACCAACACUCCCUUUGGUCACACGGGCUACAUGAAGUACCUCACGCUGCAGAUCGUGAGGGAAAUGGGAAUGCGGGACAUUGCCAUCAGUGGCAUGUACUACAAGGCAUCAUACACCCCUGAGACACAGAUUCUGGAGGAGUUGUGGGCUCGAGGCGAAAGCAUGGAGGGACUGAUUCUGAUGUUCGGCCCGGGACGAGAAGAUCGCAAAGCCGGUAUUCAAGCGAUCAAGGAUUUCAAUGUUCCAAACGCCUUUCUUGACCUCACACUGAAGGCCAGUGCGCGGUUUGCCCAGGAAGACUUUGUGACUUCUGUCCUUGACGCAGUCAGAGAGCUGGAUAAGAUCUUCUUGGAGCAGGGCUUGCCAGAAAAUCCGUGGCGCAAGGAUGAUGAUUUCAAUCGUACUCCCGGGAAGGGAGAAAUCUCCCUAAACUUGGUAGACUUGAUGGAGUUCCUCAAGCUGAAGAAUUCAUCGCGGCAACCAGGAACUGCUAUAGACGAUGCGUGUGUGCAGGCUGCCAUGGACGCCGAGGCUGCGAAGCAGGCGGCCAAAGCCUUCCAGACUUGGAAGAACGACCCUGUGUUUUGCAGGCGUGUCGUGGCAAUUUUGUCAGAGGAGGGCCGCGGCUGCGCCAAUUACCUGGACUAUGGAGUCAUCGCACACUGGCUCCGUCAGCACUUCAGAGUGGAGGACCAGUUCCGCAUUUUGGUCCAUGCCCACGCUGGCGACAACAACACGCAAGAUGCUGCCAGCGUGGAGGCGGUGCUUCAUGGAGCUGAUGGUGUAUGGGCUGCGGUGAUUCCACAAGCAGCGCAGGGCGGGCACAACUCGUCUUUGGUCUUCCUGGACAACAUGCUGCAGCUUGGAAACCAGCAUGUGUUGGAUGACUUUUGGCUGCACCAAGCGGCCCAAUCCGCCAGGCAUUGCUACUACCUGAACUUCAAUACCUAUGACAUACCGGAGGAUUGCCCAAUUUGGGGCCGGCGAGUGAACCAACUCCUGCACACCGCUUUCAGCAAGGUGUCAGGAGAGGAGUGGCGGAAGAGGCGCGGCAACUACUAUGACGUUUGGCGGCCAGACUUGAGGGCAUCCUUCGACAACGAGGAAUACAAGAAGCUGUGCGGCAAGUUGCACAAGGAAGUGAGGCAGGUGCGCAAUGAUAAUUGCGUCACGGCAAACUACCGCAUCUCACCAUUAGUGUCGGACGUUGAGACAUGGAGGUUGCGCAUGGAUGAGCUGCAAGCAGACCUGUUGGAGCGUCGGGAGCGACUCGGAGACUUUCCGCACGAUGUAAGGUGCCUUGGGUUUGCCUUGAUGAACGCCAACAUCAGGGCUAACCUCGAUGAGAGAGACACGUUGAAGCAGCUCGUUGACAUCGUGAGGAGGAAGAAGCUCCAAAGGGCCACGUUCCCCGAAGUGGCCGCCUAUGAGAAGGCCAAACAGCACCAAGGUGAUGAACGAAUGGCCUAG